AUGUUAUCUUUUCGAACCAAGGGGUAUAAUGGGUAUGGAAUACAGUAUUCACCCUACUUUGACAACAAGUUAGCAGUAGCCACCGCUGCAAACUAUGGACUAGUGGGCAACGGACGGUUAUUCAUCCUUGAUAUUGAAGCCUCGGGUCAGAUUAGAGAGCAAGUUUCAUGGGAGACCCAAGAUGGGUUAUUUGAUCUCGCCUGGAGUGAAAUACACGAGAACCAAUGCGUGGUGGCGAGUGGCGAUGGAUCAAUCAAGCUUUUCGACAUGAUGGUGUCGCGAUUCCCCAUCAUGCAAUGGAAAGAGCAUCGGCGCGAAGUCUUCUCCAUCAAUUGGAACUUGGUCGAUAAGACCAAUUUUGUCACUGGCAGCUGGGACGGCACGAUCAAGAUCUGGUCGAGCCAGCGCCCGGAGUCCAUGUUGACUUUGAACCCGGGCACUACCGAUUUCACCACCCAGGCGGCCCCCGUGGCAGCCACGGCCAAAGCGCCACUCCUGCACCAGCAGCAGCAUCAACAGGCAUCCAAUACUCAGCAUUGCAUAUACUCAGCGCAGUUUUCGCCGCAUUCGCCCUCGAUGCUAGUUUCCUGUAAUGGGUCAUCCGAGGUCCACAUCUGGGAUAUCCGAACGCCGCAUCCGUUGCAGCUUCAAUUCAUCUCGCAUCAUGGAAUGGAGACGUUGUCUGUUGAUUGGAACAAGUACAAAUCGACGGUAAUUGCCUCGGCGGGUACUGACAAGUCGGUGAGGAUAUGGGAUUUGCGAAUGGUUUCCAAGAUUGAUCAACCUUCGGCACAUUCGCCCAUGCCCCUGACCCAUAUUCGAGGUCCUACCCCGCUCAAUGAGUUUAUUGGACACGAGUUUGCCGUGCGGAAAGUGCAGUGGUCGCCUCACGACGCUAAGGAGUUGAUCUCGACUUCGUAUGACAUGACUGCCAGAGUAUGGAGAGAUGAAUCCGAGGAAAGAGCCAGGUUUUUGAAUACUAAACUCGGGGGCAUGAAAGGGGUCUUUGGCCAGCACCGCGAAUUUGUUAUCGGAUGCGAUUAUAGCUUGUGGGGAGAACCCGGGUGGUGCGCCACUACGGGAUGGGACGAAAUGGUUUAUGUGUGGGAUUCCAAGAGGCUAUGA